AUGUCGCCCGGCGCUGGCGGCCAUCAGCCAGACUACUCUCCGGUGUCGUGGGAGGAGUAUUUUGAGCAGAUGGAGGAUGUUAAUGUGAGCGCGGGGCUGGCGGAUGGCGGUGAUGUUUUCAGGGUGUACCGGGCGGGCGACGCCGGGCCGCUGCUGCUGCUGUUGCACGGCGGGGGGCACUCGGCACUGUCCUGGGCUGUCUUCACCACCGCCAUUGCCAGCAGAGUGACAUGCAGAGUGCUCGCCAUGGAUCUCCGAGGUCACGGUUCGACAUUGGUCCGCCAAUCGGAUGACUUUUCUACUCAAACCAUGUCCAGCGAUGUAGCUAAUGUGAUCCGAGCCUCGUACGGUGAGACCCCUCCCCCUAUCGUCCUGAUCGGGCAUGGCGUUGGCGGCGCCAUCGCGGUGCACACAGCCAGCAGCAUGCUGUUGCCCACUGCAGUGGGCCUGGUGGUUAUAGACGUGGUGGAAGGCAGUGCCAUGGACGCCCUCCACAGCAUCCAGAACUUUCUGAAGGGAAGACCCAAGUCCUUCAAGUCCAUGGAGCACGCCAUCGAGUGGAGUGUCAAGAGUGGACAAAUUAGAAACCUGGAAUCUGCCAGGGUCUCGAUGGUUGGUCAGAUCAAAAGGUGCGAGGUGGAGGAGAGCGACGCUCUGGAGCAGACCAGCCCCACCCCCGACCUGGUGGCCGAGCGGAGCGAAGAGUUCUAUGACCAGAGCUACGUCAAUGACAAAGAAAAUGCUGCCACUGAGAGCGUCUACAAGUGGCGGAUCGACCUCUCCAAGUCCGAGAAGUAUUGGGACGGAUGGUUCAGAGGCACCUCCAACCUCUUCCUGGCCUGUAACCUGCCCAAGCUGCUGCUACUGGCAGGAAUCGAUCGGUUGGACAGAGACCUGACUAUCGGGCAGAUGCAAGGUAAAUUCAUGAUGCAGGUGCUGCCCCCCUGUGGCCACGCUGUGCAGGAGAACAAACCCGACAAGGUGGCUGAAGCCGUGGCCGCCUUCCUGCUGAGACACAGGUUCGCUGAAGCGAGAAGAGACACCGCGAGGUGA